AUGCUCCCAAUAUUCGAGGAAUUGCAGUCCAGAAUUUUGGUUGCCAAACGAAAUGCGGAAUCAAUAUUUAAAGAAAUUCGAAAACUGAGAGAUGAGGAGCUGCAACCACAACUUAUUGAGUUGUUACAAGGGCUGAUGAAAAAUUGGAAGAUCAUGUCAGAAACUCAUGAAACCCAACACAGAAUCAUGUCCGAAGUGAGAUGGCUCAAGUGGUCAUCUUAUGGAAAGUCACAACAAUUUGCAACUCAAAAGCUUCAAGUAGAACUUCAAAAAUGGCGUGCUUGCUUUGCUCAAUAUGUUUGUUCACAGAAAGCAUACAUUGAGGCUCUUGAUGGUUGGAUGAUUAAGUUUGAUGCUCCUGAAACCGAAGCCUACUCAGAGAAUUGGUCUUCGCUUCGACUGUGUAGACUUUGGCGGCAUGUCCAAGCUUUGAUGGUUCAACAAGGUAAGGAGCAUCAACAAAAGAGGAAGGUUGAUGGGCUUGCUGAAAAACUUCGUAUGCAGGCUUCGAAACUAGAACUAGAUAAACAGAUGAGUGAGUUAAAGUUAUUUCGCGUGCAAGAAGAUAAACCGCAUGAGCAAAAGCAGAUGAAGCCCUUGAAAAAGAUGGAGAACGACUUGGAUGGCUUAGAGAACGAGCUAAAGCAAGAGAAGGCGAAACAUCAUACCGCCAUGAAGGAGACACAUGAUAUGUAUGUGAAUGGAUUUCAAAGUGGGUUUUCGUCAGUUUUUAAAUCCUUGGCCGAUUUUUCCAUGACUUCCAUGAAAAUUUAUGAUGAGCUUUUAGGAUAG